AUGAAGGGAUUCCUUCAAAAAGCCAAGGCGGAGCUCAAAGGCUUUUCUCAGCGUGACGAGUCUGGUAACUCCCAUUUUGUUGGAAACCAACAAGCACAACAUCAACAGCACUCUCCCCCAGCUCAUCAGCAAGGUGGCUUCGGUCACGACCAUGGCCAUGAUCAACACCAUGGUAUCAGCGACCCGACAACGCUGGAUGUUCUUCGCUAUCGCUAUCACCAUGGAACCAAUCUUGGAUCUGUUUACGUUAUUGAACGAUGGCUUCAGGGUUCUCGAUUUCCUGAUGGUGCUGAGGGAUCAAGCGAGCUUGCAGCAGUGCAAGCCUGGGUGGACAGGGUUGGUGUCGCUGAGACGAAGCAAAAGUUCGAGGAGCACUGGGCCAAUAUUAUUCACGAUAACGCCAUUGGAUGGCUUGCUAAUGUGGCCAACUGUACAACUGUCCGCCUGCCCAUCGGCUACUACGACCUCCCAGGCGCCGUCUUCACCCAGGGAACACCUUUCGAGCCCUAUGCUGAAAUCUACACAGGAGCAUGGGAUAGUAUUCGCACCCUAAUCCAACGUCUGCGCGCACGCUCAAUCGGCGUUCUGAUUGAUCUGCAUGCACUACCAGGGGGCGGAAACGCGCAGGAACACUCAGGCACUAACAGUGGGCGUGCCGAGCUAUGGACCAAUCCCAGUAACCGUGCGUUAGGUGUUCGCUGCUGCCAGUUCAUUGCAGAAGAUACCAAAGCGGGAGCUGAGAUUGCUGGUCUGCAACUCGUCAACGAGGCUGAAUGGGAAUCAGAGCGCAUGUAUGAGUGGUACGACGAGUGUAUAGCCGCCGUGUCCGCCAUAGACCCCGGAAUUCCUAUCAUAAUAUCUGAUGGCUGGAACCUAGACAAAGCGGUAGAUUGGUCUUUGCAGAAGAACUCCAUAUACUCGCAUCCGCAAUGCCCAGUGGUGGUUGACACGCACUAUUAUUGGGCUUUUACAGACCAAGACAAAGCGAAAACACCACAGCAGAUCAUCGAGGAAGCUGGCACCAAGCUAGAACAGUUGGAUGGUAAAGAAGGCUCUGUGCAUGAUCGCGGUGCAGUACAGGUUGUUGUUGGCGAAUACUCCUGCGUUAUGACUGAAGACUCUUGGGCCAAGGGCGGCGGAGUCCCCAAGGAGGAGCUCGUACGACAAUUUGGUCAAGCGCAGAGCAGAAGGUACCAAGAGAAAGCUGGCGGCAGUUUCUUUUGGACCUGGAAAAUGGAUUGGAUGCCUGGCGGCGAGUGGGGGUUUAAAGCUAAAACAGAAGAUGGGAGUAUUGUGCCACCCCAGUACACAAAAACGACCGCUGAUGACAGACUCCGGAUGACCGAAAAAGCUAGACACGAGAAGGACGGGCGUAUGCAUGAGGCGAUUCAACAGCACGUGUCUUAUUGGCGCGGCGUGGAUCCCAACGGUCACUAUGAGCACGAAAAGUACGAAUACGGCUGGCAGGUUGGUUAUCAAGAUGCUCUCGGCUUCUUUGAGGGCAGAGGAACACAAGGCGACAAAAUUGGCAUGUUCGAGAUAUGGAUCCUCAAGCGGAUUAGAGAAAGUGGAUAUAGAGGAGGCUUCACUUGGCUAUUCGAGCAAGGUCUGAGAAAAGGUGCACAAGACUGCUACUCUGCAGUGGGUGUUUAG